CUCUCCUGGAGAGAGUCGAAUGGUGAUGACGUGAUUGCAGGGAGGGGUUGCGCCAUUUUGAAUGUGGACAGGACUGUGGGAGGAUUGCCUCGGGAGGGAGUGUGAAUGAGUUUGAGAGGCAGCCAGAGAGGAAAGAGAGAGUGAAAUAGGCAAGAAAACCCAAGCGCUUCAGCUCCACAAUCCCGGCUCAUCUUUCAGAAGGAACAGGUCUCGCAAACCUGCACCCGGCAAAACGAACCAAGACCGGGGUCCGACAUCGAGACUGAGAUUCCCUGUCUCGCCAUGGCAGGUUUGUGCUUGACAUCAGUCACCAAACUCAGUUUAUGGUCCUGAGUUUGUGGAGAUGUGGAGACGGAGACAUCGCUACCAAGUUGAUGGAGCCGGAGGCGGGGGCAAUGACGUGCAGUGGUGCUUCUCCCAGGUGAAAGGAGCCAUCGAUGACGACGUAGCUGAAGCCGACAUCAUCUCCACUGUGGAGUUCAACCACUCGGGGGAGCUUCUUGCCACGGGAGACAAAGGAGGCCGAGUGGUCAUCUUCCAGCAGGACAUAGAGAAGAGUCAGCCUCAGUGCCGUAGUGAGUACAAUGUUUACAGCACCUUCCAGAGCCAUGAGCCUGAGUUUGAUUACCUGAAGAGCCUGGAGAUCGAGGAGAAGAUCAACAAGAUCCGCUGGCUGCCUCAGAAGAAUGCCGCCCAGUUCCUGCUGUCCACUAAUGAUAAAACCAUUAAGCUGUGGAAGAUCAGUGAACGGGACAAGAGACCUGAGGGAUACAACCUGAAGGAGGAGGAUGGGCGCUACAGAGACAACAGUACAAUCACAACAUUACGGGUACCAGUGUUCCGGCCCAUGGACCUGAUGGUGGAGGCCAGUCCACGCAGGAUCUUUGCCAACGCACACACCUACCACAUCAACUCCAUCUCCGUCAACAGCGACAACGAGACCUACCUGUCCGCCGACGACCUCCGCAUCAACCUUUGGCACUUAGAGAUUACCGACCGAAGCUUCAACGUUGUGGACAUAAAGCCGGCCAACAUGGAGGAGCUGACGGAGGUGAUCACUGCGGCGGAGUUCCACCCCCACCAGUGCAACACCUUCGUCUACAGCAGCAGCAAAGGCACCAUCCGCCUGUGUGACAUGCGCGCCUCGGCACUCUGCGACAAGCACUCUAAACUGUUUGAGGAGCCCGAGGAUCCGAGUAACAGGUCAUUCUUCUCCGAGAUCAUCUCUUCCAUCUCGGACGUCAAGUUCAGCCACAGCGGCCGCUACAUGAUGACACGGGACUACCUGUCCGUCAAGAUCUGGGACCUCAACAUGGAGAACAGGCCAGUGGAGACUUAUCAGGUGCAUGAGUACCUGAGGAGUAAGCUGUGCUCACUGUAUGAGAACGACUGCAUCUUUGAUAAGUUUGAGUGCUGCUGGAACGGGAACGACAGUGUGGUGAUGACGGGCUCCUACAACAACUUCUUCCGCAUGCUGGAGCGCACGCAGCGGCACGACGUCACCCUGGAGGCGUCGCGCGAGUGCAGCAAGCCGCGUCAGGUGCUGAAGCCGCGCCGCGUGUGCGCCGGCGGCAAGCGCAAGAAGGACGAGAUCAGCGUGGACAGCCUGGACUUCAACAAGAAGAUCCUACACACCGCCUGGCACCCGCAGGAGAACGUCAUCGCCGUGGCCACCACCAACAACCUCUACAUCUUCCAGGAGAAAGUGAACUAAGCGCCCGCGCGCGCCGCCGUCACAAAAAAGUCCUUCGUCCACACUCGUCGAAAAAAAAAAAAAAGUAAUUUGAUCACCCGUUGUUGUUGUUUGUCGUCGUCGUUGAAGGGGAACAUCUCGGUCAACACCGUCGAAACUUUCUUAACAACGAAAGACUGGGAAAAUAUUUGAGGGAAAAAAAAAAUGAUUGCAUAAAGGAUAAAAACAAACUGCUGUUGACCAUCGCCAGGCAUCGCAUAACCAUCAUGACGUAACCCCCCUUGGAUGGGACAAACUGGCGACGUUUGAUGACGUGUUCGGUUGGCGCCAGAGUGUGCCCGGUUCAUACCCGUGUUGGUUGGGCCCGUUUGAGGGCUCAGUGGCGCGUGACACUCACCUCAUUUUGAUGGUGAUGAUGUGCCAACCUCAGUCUGUGCCCCCCUUCCCUAUCCACAUACCCCCCCUCAAUCUACCCACCUGUACUCUCAUACACCCAACUACGCCCUCCUGCCACCACCCCACCCCCCAAACCAUCACCCACUGACACCACCCCAUACCCAAUCAGAUACCCAACUACCCCCUCACCAAUCCAUCUGCCCUCUUACCCACUCAAAUACCCCCUCAUCCGCUCAACUGCCCCUUCUCAUCCCUCAACUACCCCCUCUUAUCCGCUCAACUGCCCCUUCUCAUCCUUGAGUUUGUUCAGAUGGCCCCACCAGGCUGCUGCGGUUCCUUAAACGCCCUGCUCUCUUGCUUUUUGUGCCAUUCGCGAUUUUCCUCUGUUGAGUUUGUCAAACUGCCAAUUUCUUUAAAGUUCCACAUUAUGUUGCAAACGUUGCCCCAUGCCUCAUGUUUGUUUUCUGCUCUUAUUAGAAUGCUGUCAUCUUAAUUGUCAAAAGCCCGCUGAAACGUUCCCGGUAUGGAGACGCACACAUUCACACAGACUCACAUACACAGAGAGAGAGAGAGAGAGAGAGAGAGAGAGAGAGAGAGAGAUCUUGCAGGCGUGGCUCCCAAACAAACUGGUGUGGAACCAGCUUGGACUUUUUUACAUGCUACUCCCAAGAAUGGAAGUACAUGUUAUACCCACAGAGCUGUGUGUGUGUGUGCGUGUGUGUGUGUGUGUCUGUGUCUGUGUCUGUGUCUGUGUCUGUGUCUGUGUCUGUGUGUAUGUAUGUGUAUGUAUGUGUGUUAUAAGUGUGUUGGUAAGAGUGUUAUAAGUGUGUUGAUAAGAUGUCCUCAGUGCAUGGCCCUACAAACAGGGUGUUUACUGUAUGUGUGUGUGUGUGUGUGUGUGUGUCACAAGAGUGUUGACGAGUUGUCCCUUGCACCUGUUGCUUGCGUCAUCUCAGUGAAUACUCCAAAUCUUACAGAGUCCCCUCACUGUCGGUUGGCUCCACACCCCUCCCAUUAUCUGAGCAGCUUUCUGAGGAUCCCUUAUCUUAAGUCAAACUCAGCUGUGUCUGAGUCACCUGCCCGAAACCUGUGACUGGACACACACACACACACAAACAAACAAACAAGCAAACAUACACACACAUUCACUCAACACACACACACACACACACACACACACACACACACACCUCUUUUUUAUAAGUACCUACUUUGCUAAUGUCCUCUGUCUUAUCUUUUAACAAGAAGAAAAAUGCAUGAUGGGAACAAAUGCCUGCUCUAUGUGUUGUCAUGGAAACGGCACGCCAAGCUGACCCGUGUGCGGGCAGUGUGAGCUGUGUGUAAGGGCCUGGCACCGGAUGGCUUCAGGUUGGCAUUCACCCACGCUUGUCUUUAUGGGGUUUUUUUUUCUCGUCAUAUCACACCAGGCCAAGCAGGUGCAGUCACGGCCAGGUGAAAAGGACGCAGUGACCCCUGGCCGACCCCUGACCCCUGGCCCAACUCCGUGUUGCUUUCUCUGUUUGUGCUCAGAGAUUAGUUUCUCUGUUUUUUUCCCUGUUUGUGUGUGAGGAUCAACAGCCCAGCCCCACAACACCCCACCCCAAGGCCUCCACACCGCACUCCCAUGAUGCACUGGUGUGGGUGGUGUGAUGUGACCGCUGGACCCCGCUCCUCCCAUCUCUCUGACCCAGCCGAUGGGGCAACCUGAGCGGACGUCUUAUGGUUACAUCACACAGUCACAGCCUCCUCAUGCUCUUCCAACACAGAUGCUCUCCGUUUCUGAAAACUUCCAGCUUAAGUUGCUUGCAGCUUCAGAGCGCAUCUAGUUUUAGUUGGUCUCCGUUUCUAGAUGCUUCUUUCCGGCCAGUAAUAGUCUAGCAUGUAGUAGCCUCAGGAGUCAUGGGUUUCAUGACCCAUCUGCCCCCUUGAGCAAGGUACUGAACCCCGAGUUGCCCAUGGAGACUGCCCCUUGUAAUUGGUAUCUGCCCACAUUUUUCCUACAGGUCGAGGAUCGAACCGGCAACCCUUCAGCAACCCCACGGCUGCCCCUAGCAUGGCUGCCUCUAGCUUUGGAAUAAGGCGUCAGCUAAAUGCAUAAAUUAAUACAUUUCUUCUUCUCGUCAUCGCCUGCAGAAGACCCCUGUGCCUGUUCAGUAGAGCCAUGCAGCUUGUUGUACCCAUCAUGCUGUUUCAUAGUGCAUUCUCAUGAGCCCUGACCUCUGGGCCUGUUCAGUAGAGCCAUGCAGCUUGUUGUACCCAUCAUGCUGUUUCAUAGUGCAUUCUCAUGACCCCUGACCUCUGGGCCUGUUCAGUAGAGCCAUGCAGCUUGUUGUACCCAUCAUGCUGUUUCAUAGUGCAUUCUCAUGAGCCCUGACCCCUGGGCCUGUUCAGUAGAGCCAUGCAGCUUCUUAUUAGCCUGGCCCCACCCACCUAAAUCUUCUUUCAGGGAGAUCUAGUCUGGAACACCAUAGUCCAUAACCGUUUCCCUUCAGACAACAAAAAUGUCAGGCCAAUCAGCGACGAGAGGGGAAUACGAAACCAAACCUUAUUGUGAUAAACAGAAGCAGAAACACCUGCAAACAUCAAAAAAUGCAGUUGGAAAAAUGCAGAAAUGUAUUUACAGCAAAGGUAGACCCACAUGCAUUGUUUCCUGACUGUUGAUGCUGAUUAUUGUCAGUUUGAAAAGUGUAGGUGAAAUAGGAAGUAACGUUAGGAAUCUCUGAUAAAUGUGAUUGGUAAGGCUGGACCAAUGAUUUAAAAGUUAGUGCCCGUCACGAUGCAAGUGUUGCAAACGUUUCCCAGAGUCACCACUCACUUGGUGAAUGAGUUUGGAUUUUUCCAGGCUAGCUUCUUAUACCUAUCAUAGCGUUUCAUAGUGCAUGAGUGGAGGGGACAUGAAGCUAUCGUAGUGUAUCAUAGGGCGUGUUAGACCUGACGUAGUGUUUCAUAGUGCAUGAACGUGGGGUGGGGUGCACGGAGUAUCUGCUGCCACACAGUCAGGGCUGGGUUCUCUUGGCUGCCGAAAAAAAAAAAGAAGAAAAAAAACAGCAUUUUGCAUUUCUUCAUUCUCUUCAGUGUGUUUUGUGUUAAAUGUUUGUAUUUUUUGGUUAUUAUUUUGUAUUUUUUUUUUUUUUUUUUUUGGUUUUGUUGCGUGUUUGUUUUUCUCUUGUUUUUGGAGACUCAAGCUACUCAGAACGAACUGAACGCACCACAGAGGAAGUGGCUCAGGACUGAUGGGAGGUGAAGACAACAGCGGUGUGUUUUAGACGGAAUUUAGAUGGAAUAAAGUUGGAGGAGGGGACACGUUCCACCGAACAACAUGUCAGGAGGGCAAAGACAGACCUAGU